CCCACCCAUUCAGUGUAAUGGCCUGGUGAGGUCUGCUUCCUGCUUUUCGCUGUGGAGCAGGUGGCAGCCUGGCCAUGCACAGGACCUCGUGCUGGCGCUGGCUGCAGGUGACCUGUACUUGGUGAGAUGAGUGAUUCGGAAGAUGAGGAUACUCCCCAGCUUUCUUCCCACGCCUUAGCAGCUCUCCAGGAGUUUUAUGCUGAGCAGAAGCAACACACUGAACCAUGUGAGGAAGACAAAUACAAUAUUGGAAUAAUAGAUGAGAACUGGCAGUUGAGCCAGUUCUGGUACAGCCAGGAAACAGCCUUGCGGCUUGCACAGGAAGCCAUUACUGCUGCUGGGGAAGGUGGCAGAAUAGCCUGUGUGAGUGCACCCAGCGUGUACCAGAAACUCAGAGCACUGCACAGACAAGACUUCUCUGUGUAUAUCUUUGAAUACGACAGAAGAUUUGCCAUGUAUGGGGAGGAAUUUAUCUUCUAUGAUUAUAAUCACCCACUGGAUUUGCCUGAAAAAAUUGCUGCACACAGUUUUGAUAUUGUUGUGGCGGAUCCUCCAUAUCUUUCUGAAGAAUGCCUCAAGAAGACCUCAGAAACCAUCCAGUACCUGACACGGGGCAAAGUCCUCCUGUGCACAGGUGCCACCAUGGAAGGACAAGCCGCAGAGCUCCUGGGAGUGAAGAUGUGCAAGUUUAUUCCAAAACACACCCGGAACUUGGCAAAUGAGUUUCGCUGUUAUGUGAAUUAUGAUUCGGGACUGAACUGUGAGACCUAAAUACAGAUAGCAAUAGGUUUUCUUAUUAUUUCUCUUUAUUUUCUUUCUAUUGAAAAGUUAUAACUUCUUCCCUCACCCUACCCCAAACUGGGGCUAUCCUUGCCUAAUUUUCAAAAAUUAAAUAGAACUUUUCAGCUGA